UAUUUUUAUUGAUAUCCCUUUGGAGGGAAGGUUUUCUUUUUUCUUUUUCAUCUUCCUUUUCCUUUUCCUUUCCUCUUCUUAUUUCCUUUUUUAAGCAGAGAUUAGAGGAGCAGUGCUAGUUAACUACAGGGUUGGACCAAACAUGGGGGGUUUUGAGAUUCUAAACAUAUAAGUGAGUUGCACGAUCGGGAGUUGGAGUUGCCUGUUUCCUUCUCAACAAAAUCUGUAGGGUUAGGAUGGUGGCUAGGGAUCCCAAUGUUACGUUAUGGAAAAAAAGAUUGCAAGUGGUAGAUUGAUGGCAAAUUUUUUUCUCAAAGCAUCAGUUCAAGGGAAUAGGGUUAGCUUUCUUUAACAUUCGAUUCGCCUUUUUUUCAAGGUGUUAAUUCAAGGGAUUGGAGUCAGGUCUAUAAAAAUUAGACUUGGGGCUUAACGACCCUUCUCAAGUAGGCAUCCUGUUUGGACCACAAUUUGGGAGAAGAUUCUAACCUUUGGCCAGCUGAUGCAUAGAGAGAGAAUCUGCGACAUCGAUGAAUGCUAUUCCUCCAUUUUUUGUUGGCUAGGGAACUUUGGUGUCUGAUUAUUUGCCCUCUUUGGAGUUGGUUGAGGGUGUUAUUUUUGAGCCUACAUAUGAGAUUUAUUGGAAGACGUAGGAAGAAAUGUUGGAGUGCUGCUCUUCCUUGUGUGAUCUGGUGUAUUGGAGGGAGUAGGAUAUAAAGAUCUUUUAGGGGGAGACUAGUGGAGUGUUCUUGUUGAAAAAUAAGGAUGUUACCUUGAAAAGAUUAUACGUGUGGGGGUGGAGAUCAUCUGAAAUUCAAAUGGAAUCUAUAUUUGCUAUCAAUUUUAGCAACAAGGGAUCCAGGUACAUAUGUUCUGGGGGAAGCGGUAAAGUUGUAAGAAUAUGGGAUUUGCGGAGGAGAUGUUGCAUUAAGUGGUUGAGGGGUCAUACUGAUGUGAUAACUGGGGCAAUGUACAAUUACAAAGAUGAGCACUUGGCUUCCAUUAGUUUAAAUGGGGUUCUUAUUCUACACAACCUUGCAUCUGGUGCAAAGGUGGCUGAACUCAAGGACCCCAAUCAACAGGUAUUAAGAGUGCUUGAUUAUUCACGAAUUAGUCGACACCUUUUGGUGACUGCUGGUGAUGAUGGGUCAAUACAUCUGUGGGAUACAACUGGUCACAGCCCAAAGGUUUCUUGGUUGAAGCAGCACUCUGCACCAACUGCUGGGGUUACCUUCUCACCCUCCAAUGAUAAGAUGAUUGCUAGUGUAGGUCUAGAUAAAAAGUUGUAUACUUUUGACAGAGGGUCCAGAAGACCUUCAUUUUGCAUUCCUUAUGAGAUGCCAUUCUCUUCAUUGGCAUUUAGAGAUGAUGGCUGGACUCUAGCAGCUGGAACAAGUCAUGGCCAAGUGGUAUUCUAUGAUGUCCGUGGAAAACCACAGCCUUUCUCCAUUCUCUGUGCUUAUGGUAAUUCAGAGGCUGUCACAAGUUUAUGCUGGCAAAGAUCAAAACCUGUAAUUGUAGAUGAAAGUAAUUGCAGCCCUGAGAUUGCUCUUAUGGGAGGUGCUACCGAAGAUUCAGUCAUUAUUCCUGACCCACUUCCGUCUGUAACAUCAUCAAGUCUUUCACUAUCCAUGGCGUUACCUGGUUCUCAAAAUCCUGGCCGCAUAGGUCCGUCAACAGAAGCAUCUUCACUUACUGUAACCAGUGGUGGUUCUAUGUCAAGCUCGCUCUGUUUGUCUAUGGCAGAGGAAACACCGAGUAGAAGUCAUCUGCGGCUAGGUGGAACAUUGGCAAAAUUACGUGCUCCUCAUUCUGGUUAUACCUUCAAGGACGAUAUGGAGGUGUUUUCUCCUCUCGUGGAUGUUCAACCACUUACACCUACACUUGAUAAGCUUUGGGAUGAUCAUGAAGGAGCAAAGAAAGAUUAUCUACCUUUUGAUAAGAAGCCUUCGUCUCUGUUUUCUUCACCUAGUAGGAGAUCCUCUAUAGCAGAGGGUGAGGGCAAUAAUCAUCCAAUAUUCAAUUGGAAAUCCAAUUCAACUUCCAGGCAGGACACUCACGCUUCUCUUACAGCACCGGGAUCAUCUACUACUUCAUCUUUCAAAAGUGAAGACUCUUCCAUCACUCCUCCAAAAGCCUGGGGUGGUGAGAGAUUUUCUGAUAAAUUUACCCACCACCGUCAGCCCACACUGUCUCGCUUUGGGAUGUUGGCAGCUAGUGGUCUAGCAUCAGGGUCAAUGUUUUCUGGAUUACAAGAGCUAUGGUCAUCAACAAGUCAUAUGAGUGGGAGCUCCUCGUCAAAUCAAAACCUGACUUUUGGAAAUUUGCGUGCCAAAGAUUUCUCUUUUAAUCAGGAAACUCCACUGGGAGUCCCAGAAAAUUUCCCUUCUAUUUCCGUAUCUCUGCCUCUAGAUACAAAAGCUGUCACCAGACAGGCUAACCUUGAACUGCCAGGAUCACCAGCAUCCUUGACCCUCCCACGAAGAUUUUCCACUUAUGCCGAGAGAAUAAGCACUACCUUAUCCUCCAGUGAUGGGACCUCUCCUGUUGGUUCACCAAAAAUAAAGAAAACAGGAGCUGAAACCAGAGCAGAAAUUUUGAAUGGCUUAUUUAAUUCUGUUACAUCAGCUGCCUCAGAAGCAGGGACUCAUCCAAUGGGAGGAACAUCACUAUCCCAGAAAGGUCCUUCUCAGUCAGAUACCCAGCAGGGAACCUCAUUUACCCUUCAGAUGUUUCAAAGCACCCUUGAAGAAACCCUUGAUUCCUUUCAGAAAUCCAUACACAAAGAUAUGAGGAACCUUCACAUCGAAAUUCUGAGACAAUUUCAUAUUCAAGAGACAGAAAUCUCAAGUGUGGCAAGCUCGAUUUUGGAAAACCAAGCUGAGCUGAUGAAAGAAAUCCAGUCUCUCCGGAAAGAGAAUCAGCAACUCCGCCAAUUGCUUUGACCCUUGAUGAAGAUUGUAAAAAUCAUCCCAAAUUUCCUAGUCACCAUGUAAAGGAAUAUGUAUUUAUAUUUUAUUUAUUUAUUCAUUUGUUCCUGUUUGAGAGAAGAGGGUUUGGAGGCUAGAAAAUGAGGUAAUUCAUGAUGCAUAACGGAGCAUAUUCUUCAGUUUCUAGAAGUAUUACAGAUCAAGUGUGUUGUACGUUGUGUGUCGAGAGAAAAACGGAAUGAAGUCAGGUAAAAACCAACUAGACCUUCUUAGUUUAAUCUAUCCUAUGUAGAUGCAACAUACAGAAUGGAAAUGAUCAGGCAAUUUUGAAUUCAUCUA